UCCGGUGGGCAUCUUAUUAAAAAUCACACGUGUGCCCACACGUUGCUGUUGGCAUGAGAAACAGCAUUGAGAUACUUUAAACUUUUAUCUGAUUAUAACAUCUGCGUAUAACGUGUUUAAUUAUCCUGUUAUAAAUUAAUCAGAGUCUCUCGCUAUGUUUGUAACCGUGUGAACUCGUGUUUUUAGUCAUCAUGGGGGAUCAUGUUGAGUUGGUCGCUGGCUGUUAUGAGCAGAUAGUUUUUGGUUAUCAUGUAUGCGAAGGUGAAGAGGAGUGGACACUUGAGCCCAAAUUUACACACCAUGCACACACAGCAUCACUGACUGCGGUUGCAUCCAAUAAUCAAUUCAUCGCCACUGGAAGCAAAGAUGAAACCAUUCAGUUAUAUGACAUGAGCAAGAAAACUGAGCAUGGAGCCUUGUUGCACCAUAAUGGUACCAUCUCGUGUCUGGAGUUCUAUAGCUCGUCACAUUUACUCAGCGGAGGAGAAGAUGGUCUUAUCUGUGUGUGGAACACCAAAAAAUGGGAAUGUCUAAAAUCCAUCAAAGCUCAUAAGGGUCAUGUUACAUCACUGUCCAUACACCCGUCUGGGAAACUGGCACUCUCUGUCGGAACAGACAAGACUCUACGAACGUGGAAUCUAAUUGAAGGGCGGUCAGCCUUCAUCAAAAAUAUAAAACAAAAUGCAGAAAUAGUGUUGUGGUCACCCGAUGGAGAGAAAUACGCAGUAGUUCUGAAAGACAGAGUGGACAUAUACAACCUGGAGUCUGCCACAGUCAUGGGAACCAUAGCAUUCCAAAAAAGGAUUUCAUGUCUCAAGUUUCUCAAGAAUACACUCUUGGCUGUGGCGGGGGAUGACGAAAGUGUGCGUGUAUAUGACGUUACCUCACAGAAGUGUGUUUGUGCAUUCAAAGCACACGAGAACAGAGUAAAAGCCAUUCAGAGCUUCAUGAAGGAUGAUUUCUGUGUCCUUGUUACAGCUUCAAAUGAUGGAUUCAUUAAGAUGUGGAAGCUUAAUCUUGAGAAUCUGGCCACCCCUUCCAUGCUUGGACAGGUGAACACCACUGCCAGACUCUCCUGUCUAUCUGUCUGGAUACCUGGAGAAGAGAAAGAGACCCCCGCCAAACUAUCUGCCCAGCCUGCAACCUCUAAGACUGUUGCGGAGUCCCCUAUGCCAGCCAAAGGUAAAAGGGUGAGGAUCACAGGUGAGGAGGUGAUUGUAGUGGAGGAAAGCAACACCAUGAAAAAAGGAAAAAAGACAAAAAGACAAAAAGUGCAAUAAACUUUUUUUUGGUGUUAUCUCGUCAUUUACUCUGCCUUUCAUGUCUGUAGUUACUUGCUGUAUAGUAAAGCGGCAUGUUAGAAGUGGCAUAGUCAAGGGUGGGCCUGGGCCACCCAAAGAAGACCAAGACCCACACAGAACAUUAAAGAUUAUUCUUUGACUUAAAAUACAUAUUGUUGAAAUAGUUUAAAAAUGCAUAAAUUCUGAUUUCUGAAAGUGUGAAAGAACUGUUUGGAUGCUGAGCUUUUCUGUUAUUAAAGAAAAUUUGUAUGAAUUUUUUUUUUUUUUAAAUGUUUAUUGAUUUUUGUAAAGGUAAUACAAAAAUACAGAGAAAAAAUGCCAAAUGUCUGUCAUACCAUAUUACAAUAAAAAAUACAUAUAUAUAUA